AUUCCUUCCUUUUAUCCUCUCACACAGCUUUUGAAUCCUCAAUAAAACCUUACCCCUGUUCUUCACACAACUUCACUUCCAAUCCAACCUUACUCCAUCUUCUUCUUCUUCCCUUCCAUUGCCUUUCCUUCCACAAAACCACCUGUAACCCCACAAACAAACCUACUCCGACUAAACUAUAAUGAACUGUAUGCUACCACUCUGACAGGUUUCUUCAAAUGUAAAGAAAGUCAAGCUGCCAAUCUGAAAAAAAUGGUGCUGAAGAAACUGAGCAGAAAAGUCAAAACCUUGGUCACUAAGCCAUUCAACAAGAAACGCGGUAGAAGCAACCCUCCCGCUCCUUCCUUCCAUAAACCUCCCUCUCCAACCCACUUCCCUCCAUCGUCCCCUGAACAACAACAACAACAACAACAACAACUCCUCACUCCAAUCAUGCCUCCUCCUCCGCCGCCGCAGCAACGCCGCCGCCCUGCUUUCCCAUUCCAUUUCCCGCAGCAGAACUCCACGGUCCUCCCGGACCCUUCCGCCUUCUUCUCCCCUGCCCUCCUCUCUUCCCCUCUUCCCACCAAUUCCUUCUUCCAGAACUUUACACUGAAAAAUGGCGAUCAACCCGAGUACAUCCACCCUUACCUCGUCAAGUCCUCCGGCUCUGCUCUUUCCUUCUCUUACCCAUCCAUCUUCCACAACUCUGCUUUCACUUACCAGGUUUUCAACGCCGAUCUCACCCUCUCCGCCGCCGGGGCUUCCCCCUCCGACCGCCACGUCAUCAGUUCCUUCAACGACCUCAGCGUGACCCUCGAUUUCCCCUCUUCCAACCUCCGAUUCUUCCUCGUCAGAGGAAGCCCCUUCCUCACCUGCUCCGUCUCUAGAAACACGCCCAUUUCGAUCUCCACCAUUCACGCCAUUCUCUCCUGUUCUCCUUCCUCCAAUUCGCUCAACAAGUACACCGUGAAGCUCAACAACAAUCAGACAUGGCUCAUUUACUCGUCAGUUCCGAUCGAAUUGACCUACACCCCUUCUUCCAUCACCUCCGCCGCCGGGUUCUCCGGCAUCCUGAGGAUCGCGAUCCUGCCGGACGAAUCCGACCCGGAAGCCGAAUCGGUUCUCGAUCGGUUCAGCUCCUGCUACCCUGUUUCGGGGGAAGCGAUUCUCUCCAAACCCUUCUCUGUCGAGUACAAAUGGGAGAAGAAAGGGUGGGGGGAUCUGCUGAUGCUUGCCCAUCCCCUGCAUCUCAAGCUCUUAUCCGGCGAGGACAGCCACGUCACCGUUUUGACGGGGUUGAAGUACAGAAGCAUGGACGGCGAGCUCGUAGCCGUCGCCGGCGAUUCGUGGGUCCUGAAAUCGGAUCCUGUUUCGGUGACGUGGCAUUCGAUUAAGGGAAUCAAAGACGAUGGCUACAAUGAAAUCGUGGAUGCGCUUCGCAAGGAUGUGGAUGGAUUGAAUGCAUCGGCGAUAGCCACGACGUCUUCUUACUUCUACGGCAAGCUGGUCGCCAGGGGAGCUAGAUUGGCAUUGAUUGCAGAGGAAGUCGGUUUCCCUGAUGUGAUUCCGGCUGUAAGGAAGUUCUUGAAGGAGACGAUUGAGCCAUGGCUGGAAGGGACAUUCAAUGGAAAUGGGUUUCUGUACGAUGGGAAAUGGGGUGGCAUUGUUACCAAGCAAGGGUUAACAGAUUCGGGAGCUGAUUUCGGGUUUGGUAUAUACAAUGAUCACCAUUUCCAUCUGGGUUAUUUCCUUUACGGCAUUGCUGUUCUUGCCAAGAUUGACCCUGCCUGGGGGAGGAAGUACAGGCCACAAGCUUACUCUCUAAUGGCCGAUUUCAUGAACUUGGGGAAGCGAUCGGACUCGAGUUACACUCGGUUAAGGUGUUUCGAUCUGUACAAGCUUCAUUCUUGGGCAGGAGGACUGACCGAAUUCGCGGAUGGACGGAAUCAGGAGAGCACAAGUGAGGCUGUGAAUGCAUACUAUUCAGCUGCUCUGAUGGGAUUAGCUUAUGGAGACACCCAUCUCGUCGCCAUUGGAUCAUCGCUUGCUGCAAUGGAGAUUCAGGCAGCACAAACUUGGUGGCAUGUGAAGGAAGGCGACAGCAUCUAUGCUGCUGAUUUCACUGCCGAGAACAGAGUGGUGGGAGUGCUCUGGGCCAGCAAGAGGGACAGCGGACUGUGGUUUGCGCCGCCCGAAUGGAAAGAGUGCAGGCUUGGGAUUCAGGUGCUGCCAUUGCUGCCGAUCACUGAAGUGGUGUUCUCCGAUUUGAAGUUUACGAGGGAGCUAGUGGACUGGACGUUGCCGGCGUUGGGGAGGGAAGGAGUUGGAGAAGGUUGGAAAGGGUUUGUGUAUGCGUUGGAAGCGAUUUAUGAUAAAGGGAGUGCUUUGGAGAAGACCAAGAGGUUGAAUGGCCAUGAUGAUGGGAACUCGCUUACUAAUAUGCUGUGGUGGAUACAUAGCAGAGAUGAUGCAGAAGGAGAAGAGGGAAGAGGGUGUGAAGGUGGUGGAGGGAAGUUCUGCUGGUUUGGUCACUACUGUCACUAAAAAGAUCAUUCCUUUAUGUUACAAGACCAGAGUUAGGUUGUCAAAGUAAUUAUGGUGUUGUUCCUGUGUGUGUUUCUGUACAUUCUGUAUUGGUUUGUUCUUUCUUGAUUGUGUUUUUCCUACGAGGCAUUUGCAUUUGGAAUCUGAUGAUACAGGCAACAAUGGCGUCUGAAUUCUGAUGCAGCUCUGAUACAUGGAAAAGGAAUAGUAGUAGUAGCAGUACAGAAUUUGUGAAAUGAUGGCGAGAACCGUAAAAUCAUUAGGAGUUUGGAUAUGGACGUUGUUACAUCUGAUGCUGUAACCUACUGGAGAUUGUGAUUGAGAAAGGCUCGGAAGAUUGUGGAAGAGUUGUUGAUCUGUUCGUGGCGUGGACUGCAAGGGAUAUGAUGGAGACAGGUGUUGGGAACGACGAUAAGAUUGUGUUUAAGAUUGAAAUGAGAUUUGGGUGGAAAAGAACAGAACUAAUAGAUACAAGUAAUAAAGAAGACGCAACACAACUACGGCAAUCAAGUAGUAAGUUGAAU